CAUGGUACUGCCCAAAUUGCAGAAUGUUACCUGAAUUCAAGCACUCAAAAGGCAAGUCCCAAUCAAGCAAGAAAAAAAUAGCAUCUUCUAAAGCCUUGGCCCUGGAUAUCUGUAUAUGCAAGAGCAAGGCAAAGAAUACAGAUAAGCUUAUUGAGUGCCAUAACCCUGUGUGCAAAAAUGGAACAUUUUUUCACUUGGCCUGUCUAAGCCUUAAACGUAUGCCAAACAAUGCUAAUUCCACAUGGUUAUGCCCAGAUUGUAAAAAGAAUCAAGCACAAUCUAAUAAGAAAAAAGGAAGUGGAAGCGUCAAGUUUGUCAAACAAAUCCAAGGAACCAACAGCAGUGCCAGUGACAAACAAAAGCCAGUAGGAAAGCUUACACAGUCAGAGUUUGACCUUAUUGCAUCUCCAACAGGAUGGUUAGACUGUUCUGUGAUCCAAGAAGCACAUGUACUGCUUAUGAAAGUCAACAGCAGUGUAAGUGGUUUCCAAAGACCAACCCUUGCUCCUGUCAGACAGUUCAGUGUUGUUACUGGUGAUUUCAUUCAGAUAGUGCAUUUGAAUAACAAUCACUGGGCAUGCUUAACAUCUAUUGGCCGUCUUCCUGGGUAUGUUAACCUGUUAGACAGCAUGACAUCACCAAUUUCACAAGAGAUAAUCGAGUUCACGAAGAAUUUGCUUGGUCCAAAUUUCAAGAAUAUCACUCAUAUACCUGUACAGCAACAGCAAAAUGGGAGUGAUUGUGGUGUGUUUGCCAUUGCAUAUGCCACAUGCCUAGCCUAUGGUAAAACUCCAGUUGUGAAGUUCAUCAUUCCAAGGACGCGGCCACAUUUGCUGAGUUGUCUUAAAGCUGGUCAUUUGACACUUUUCCCUACCACUUGAACUUCUUGAGGCAUUUAUUUUGGAAUAAAAAUUAUUGCUUAUUUCUUUAAUUCAUGAGACAUUUAUCUCUAAAGGUUUAACUAUAAGAGUUAAUUAUGAAAUACAAUGACCUAAAAAAGUUAGUGUUCAUGCUAUUAGAAAAUUUCAAAAAAGCAUUUGUACAUGUCAUGAUACUUAGUCAUAUACAAAGAUUUCUAAAGAUAGAUUGUGUUGGAGUUGCGAUGAAAGUGUGCAUGCCUAAUUCAAACUUUCACAUGCCUACAUGUAUUUCACAUUUCCAUCACAACUUCAAUGAUCCGCCUUGACCACAUUAGUUUUAUCCCACGAAAACGUAUUGAUAAAAUGUUCAAUAAAACUCAGCCCUCCAUACUCAACUGAAA